GCCAAAACCCUAACAAACUUAUAAACUUAAACCCCAACAUUUCUCUCUUCAAUCAAAAUCUCUAUAAAUGGCCUUCAACUCUGUACUUCGCCGAGCCUCGAAAUCUCUCUUGCCUCUCGCUAUCCGCGCCGUGGGACCUCCCAGAACCUUCCACAGAGCUAUCCCCGCCGUUCUCUCCGUUGAAAACCUCCGAGACUUUCUUCCAUCUUCGCAUUUCUCAACAGCUGCCACCGCGCUGAAACCAACCAGCGAUGAGAAUCUCAUUCGGGUCCUCGGAACUGAGAUCGAAUGCGCCGAGGAACCCCACGAUGUAGAAAAUAUCUCGAAUGAGUUUCCCUUCAAAAUUAAAGAUAAUCCUGGAGAGAGGACUAUUUUGCUAAGUAGAAAGUUCCAAGAUGAAACCAUCAAAAUUGAAGUCGACAUGCCUAGUAUUUCAGAUGAUGAUGAUAAUGAUGAUGAUGAUGAUGCCAAGGACGCAGAUGUCUCUAGCAUUCCUUUGGUUGUGAGUAUUACCAAGGGAAGCGAUCAGUAUAUGGAGUUCUGUAUCACUGCUUUCCUUGAUGAGAUUUCAAUUGAUAGCUUGUCAAUAAAAAACCUGGAAAAUUCUGAUGAACUUGCAUAUGAAGGACCUGACUUUAAUGAUUUGGAUGAGAAUCUGCAGAAUGCUUUCCUGAAGUAUCUCGAGAUUAGAGGCAUCAAACCUAGCGUAACAAAUGUUUUGUUUGAUUACAUGGCUAACAAAGAUACCAAAGAAUACUUGUUAUGGCUGAAGAGCGUCAAGAAUUUUGUGGAGAAGUAACUCUUUGAACAAGACAUGACCAUUUCUGGAUUCGCCGGUGUAUGCCGCUAAUGGUGAUAUCUGCAUGCUGUUACUAUAGUGAUUUAGUUUUUCCUUUUGAAAUGUUCUUACUUCUGGACCUGGAUCAUGUUGAUGGAAGGAACUAGUAUUGAAACUCUUGUCAGGAAUAUGAGAAUGGCAGAUAGGGUGCAAGUUCUAUUUCAUAAGCUGUUGUCAAGUAAUAGAUGUGAGACUCAAAUGUGAUCAUGAUUCGGUGAUCUGAUUAUUCUUUCAGUCCGGUCUAUUUAUCUCACAA